CUCGACUCCGUAUCUGUUUGUGGCAGAGCUGAAGGCAGCGGCUUCGAAGAUGCGCCAAAGUGCGGCUGAACUCCGCGAUCGGCGGUGUCAGAAUUGUCUACUCUGUUUGGAUACUCCGAGUGGAUGAAUGAAUACAGAGAGGUAUUUAACAUGAGGGGAUUCUAGAUGUUCUUCCUACUAUAUCUGACCCACGAUUCAUCUACUCUCUACCCCCAGCCAGUGCAACCGGUGAAAAAGAAGGCAUAAUGACUCCUACCACCGGUGAUGGGGAUCCUCCUUCAUCAACCAAGUCUUCCUUAACUCAGCGGUUCUUUUCAAGUAUCGGGAAUAAGAUCAAAGACUUCCUUAUGCGCAGGAAACCAGGGUUUAUGGGCAGAAUAUCAAUGUACCUGGUGGAAAAACUCUUGGCAUUUACCAGAAAGCUUACGCAACACUCGGUCCCUUCCUCAAAACCGCAAGAGGUCAUCAAAAAUCCUCAAACCGAGGAAGACUUCAAGAAAAAUGUGGAUUUCUUGGUCAAACAGAGCAAUCUCAGUGGCUAUGCCAGCCAACUCAACGACUCGUAUCUCCGCGAAGUGGCGAAGAAGGCUGUCCAACUAAAGAACGACCCGAAGAAUCAUCUAAACAACCCGGAUCAGAUCACUAGACUCACCAAGCUAGCCCUCUAUCAACCGGUUCUUUAUUGUGAUGAUAGUAGUUCUAUGGAUCAGCUUAUAAAAGACUCUGACAAAACCAGGCUACAGGCACUACAGGAGUUGGUCAAGCGCAUCAUUAGCGUAGCGACCAGAGCUGUGCCAGACAAUCCCGAGAAGCCCGGAGAGAAACUUGCAGGUGCCUCCUUGCGAUUCAUGAACAUGAAUAAUGAACACACUAUUUGCAAGCUGGAAGACCUAAGUCAAGUGGUAUUUAAGGCUGAUGGAGCUACUCCCUUGGGCACUAAACUUCACGACAGGGUCCUGAAACCUUUGAUCUAUGAUGUUCUCGGGACCCAGAAGAUGCUACCACGACCCCUGCUCAUUUUCACGAUCACUGAUGGUGUACCAAAUACCGAGAACAGCGAUACGUUCCCGAAAAAGAUUGUUGAAUGUAUGCAGUAUCUCACUAAACACGAGUAUCCCAGGGAGGUUGUGAGCUUCGCUAUCAGUCAGGUUGGCGAUGAUGAGAACGCAAAAAUUUUCCUGGACAGCCUGAACAAUGAUAAUAUGAUCCGAGAUGUUCUUCAUUGUACUACAGAGCUCUUGGAUGAAAAAUUCGAGAAAUUAAGGGCAAAUGAGAGGGAUCUGGAGACAUGGUUGCUCGAUAUGUUGUCAAAACAGAUUCAAAUCAAGAAGCCAGAAUCCUCAUAAAAUCGCCCUACCUUUUCAAUGACAAUUUCAGGGCAUGGAAGGAUAUUUAUAGUAGUCGUUCUGAAGUGAGAGAAUUGCGAAGUGCAUGUAUCAACAGAAGUCAUUCACUGUUUUAUCUGUACUAUCAAAUAUGUCCGAAAGUCAGAUUAUUGGAACAUAGACUAGUCAUGUUAUCCUGAGA